ACAUAGAGAAUCUCCGACCACUUUGGGAGAGAUAAGGUCCGUUCUUGAAUUUGCGCUUUUGUGUGCUCAAUAUUUUCUCUCUCGCGGAGUAGUUAAGUGAAAGUCAACGCAGCAACCAAGUCUCUCGAAAAAUGGCUUCACAUGACCAUGAUCAUCACCAUCACCAUCACGAGGAAGGCCACAAGAAACAGGACUGUGGCGGCGGUGGGGACACGUCUUGGGUAGGACCGGACGGGAGGGUGUACCAUAGCCACGAUGGACUCGCACCGCACUCACACGAACCCAUUUACUCUCCUGGUUACUUCAGCCGCCGAGCUCCUCCUCUUAACGACCGUAACUUCUCUGAGAGAGCUUUCACCGUCGGUAUUGGCGGUCCUGUUGGCACAGGGAAAACAGCAUUGAUGCUUGCUCUUUGUAGAGUCUUGAGGGACAAAUACAGUCUUGCAGCAGUGACCAAUGAUAUAUUCACCAAAGAGGACGGUGAGUUUCUGGUGAAGCAUGGGGCUCUUCCCGAGGAAAGGAUCAGGGCCGUUGAAACCGGUGGAUGUCCACACGCUGCCAUCCGUGAAGACAUUAGUAUCAAUUUAGGUCCUCUCGAGGAGUUAUCGAACUUGUUCAAGACUGAUUUGCUUCUUUGUGAAUCUGGUGGAGAUAAUCUAGCUGCUAAUUUCAGCAGAGAGCUAGCUGACUAUAUCAUCUACAUCAUCGAUGUAUCGGCUGGUGAUAAGAUACCACGUAAAGGCGGUCCUGGCAUCACUCAAGCUGAUCUUCUGGUUAUAAACAAGACGGACCUUGCAGCAGCUGUUGGGGCUGACUUAUCUGUCAUGGAGCGUGAUGCACUACGCAUGCGUGAUGGUGGUCCAUUCGUCUUUGCUCAGGUGAAGCAUGGGCUUGGGGUUGAGGAAAUAGUGAACCAUGUCAUGAACUCAUGGGAGCAAGCAACCGGGAACAAGCGCCACUAAUGUCUUCUUAAGCCCUCAAAAAACUGAAUAAAACUCUCAAACUUGGUUUAUGUUUUUUUGAAGCUUAUGUAUCUCUGUUUGUUGUUGUUGUACUCAAAAGACAGUAAGAGAAAUAAAGGGUUUUGUAAUAA